CUUUUCUGAUGGAUGUGGCUUAGGUUGAUGAACAGAGACCAGAAAUCCAGCACUCAAAUUUCUCUCUCGCGUCGAUUACUCGGGAAAUCCAUAGAUCAAUACCCUGAAAGAUUCAAAUCCACAAGAAGUUUGUGUUCAUGGUGAUUGAUUUUUGAAUAAUUUGUGUUUUGGAUCCAGGUGUUUUUCUUGGAUUGUCUUUUGUUCGCUAUGUUCCAAAACCCUAGUUUCAAUUUGGAGCUCUUGGAUUGAACAAAACCCUAGAAUUUGUUCUGGUGCAACAUCUGCAAUCACGUAUUACAACGAGACGUUCGUUUGGUUUUUGGAUGGAUCAUUCGGGAAUUGGAUUUGUGAUUCGUGGAAUGCGCGGUUUUACGCAAUAGUCUGUUUUAUGGGGUUGCGAUUUUAUUGAAACAAGUGGUUAACGUGAGUUGGAGAUUAAUAAUUUUUCGGCGAGGGAGUUUGGAUGAAUGGAGUUCAUUUUUUGAUGGUUUUUGAUGCGCAUUCAGCUGGAUCAAACAUGGGAUUGCCUCUGAGUUCGUGUUUUUAAUGCUAUCUGACUUGAAUUAGGCUCGAUUGAAAGAACAAAUUCGAGGACAAGGCGAUGGAGAGAAGUUCUUAGCGUUUUGUCUACAUUGAAUUAAUUGGUUUUCUCUAAAGAAUGAGGCGGUAUAGCAUCCAAUAAACGUAGAGUUAGCUUUGCGGCAAUCUUAGGCGGCUUUGUUUAUAAACUUCUUGUUCUCGUUCAGUAAAGUGGUUCUGGUGCUGUUGAAGACUUUUGCAUAUUGAUCGAUUGCUCUGAUAAUCUUGUUAAGACUAAGCAUAGCAGAAUGAGCCUCAAGAAGGAUGAUUCGAAUUCACACGAUCAGACCGCUGCAGUACAGCAUGAUUUGCGAAAGAAACCAAAGUUUUCUUACACGAGAGAUUUCCUGUUGUCCCUGAGCGAUUUGGAUGUUUGCAAAAAGUUGCCGAGCGGCUUUGACCAAUCCAUUAUGGCUGAAUUUGAAGAAGCUUCCUACGAUAGGCAAAGAGUUUCUGGAGCUUUGUCUUUGAAUAGUUUUAGGCGCAAUGAGUAUGGCUCAUCACCACCCAGCAGGGCAGAAACGAGUAAUUAUUCUCGUCGCAUACAUGGAAAGAGGGAAAUUCAUUCUUCUGGACGGAGUGAUAAGGAUAGUGACUCACAAUCUGAUAGGGAUUCAGUGGAUUCUGGGUGGCGAUAUGGCGAUCAGUCUAGGAGGCCUUCGCAGGGUCCUGAACAUGAUGGACUUCUUGGGAGUGGUUCCUUUCCUAGACCAUCUGGAUAUGUACCAGCAUUUUUGGCACCAAAGGUUCGAGCAAAUGAUCAAUACCAGCUCAACAGAAGCAAUGAGCCAUAUCAUCCACCUCGUCCUUAUAAGGCUGUAGCCCAUCAACGAGGGAAUACUAAUGAUUCAUACAAUCACGAAACUUUUGGUUCUUCUGAGUACACAAGUGAGGAUAGGGUUGAAGAGGAAAAAAAGAGAAGAGCUUCAUUUGAGUCAAUGAGGAAAGAACAACAUAAGGCAUUUCAAGAAAGUCACAAAUCAAAUCCUGUGAAGCAGAGAGAUGAGUUUGCCAUCCUAAUGGAGUUGGACGAGUCUAAGGAUGAUGAGAAAUCAUUGAAUACAAUCAGUGGUGUCGAUGAAUCCAUCUCUUUAAAACAAACUUCAAAGAAUGAUCGAGAAAAAUCUUUUACAUCACAGUCAACUGUAUCUAGGCCACUUGUGCCUCCUGGAUUCACCAGCACUGUGUUGGAAAAAAACUUUGCAACAAGGUCUUCAGUUAAUCCUCAUUUGCUGGAGGGCAAGGAUGACAUUGACAAGUGUCUGCAAACCAAAGAAGAGCAAUUGCAUAACGGGAUUGCUGAAGAUUUAGAGGGAAAAAGUUCAUCAGAGCAAAUGGGUCGUGCUGAACAAUAUAGAAAAACCAGCAUUAAUGUUUCUACCAACAACACUGGCGAAAAGAUUCUCGAUCUGUUUUCUGCUGUAGACAUGUCUAAUAAAACAACUGAAAUAGAUAAUCAAUCGCACAAAAAAUCUUUGGAAGUUUUUGAAGCUUCUGAUAACAGUACAGUUGUUGACUGUAAGACUGAGAAGUUACCAGCGAAUACUGCCAUUGGUGAACCAAGCCAAGUUCAUUCAUCUUCCAUCUUGGAGAAACUUUUUGGCAGUGCCAUGAAGUUAGAUGGUGAUGCUACUAAUUUUAUUGAGGUACUCGUGAAUGUAAAAAUUCAUCCUUUUCUGUCAUGGUAUAAAUUUUCUGGGUUUGAAUCAAAAUCAACAUCCUAUUUGUGGUAUUAUUACGACAAGCAGCAUGACAACGAGAUGGACGAUGUAUGCAGCCCUCAAAAUGCUCAAUCAUCUAAAUUUGCUCAUUGGUUCAUGGACAGCGAUAGGAAACAGGAGGACGACCUUUCACCUAAAAGGUCAAUUGACUUGCUUACGAUGAUUGUAGGUGGAGAAAAGGGUGGGUAUGAUGUAGCUGAUGUGAAGCAUUCUGAGCAAUCUCUGCCUACAGUUGCUUUCCAUGGUUAUGAAUCUGCAGAAAAUUAUAUCACAUCAAGUUCAACAUCAUCCAAUGUUGCAAAGCCUGAGCCAUUUUAUAAUAAGAGUAAGCCAGAGGCUGUUUCUGCAAUCCUUACCUGUGAAGCCGUUGAACAGACACUGCUGUCAAAAGUCAGUGAGAAUGACUCAGCUUUGCACCCGUCUGAUCAACGAUGUAGUCAUCCUGUUGCUGAUGUGAAACAUCCAUCUGUGAAAAGUGAUGAUCAUGCAUCACAGCACCUUCUCUCACUGUUACAGAAGGGUUCGAGUCCAUUGAUUUCGGAAUAUGGUGAUGAUGGUGGAUAUAUGGGCCCUGUAUUUCACAAUAAUGAGGAAAGCACCCACAACAUUUCAAAUCCGGGGAAAACAUUAACUCUUGAAACACUUUUUGGGUCUGCCUUUAUGAAGGAGCUUCAAUCAGUUGGAGCUCCAGUUUCAGCACAAAGGGGUUCAUCAGGAUCUGUUAAAAGUGAUGCUUCAGAGUCUCAUGGUCCGAUCACAGAUGAUGGUCCCUUGUCCAACAAUGAAGUUCGGUCCAGUAUGCUUAAUCAUGAUCAUGGUGAUCAAAGACAGCAAAACCAACCAGAUAUAGUUCGUGGGAAUUGGUUAAAUCUGAAUGGCCCUCGACCUGAAUCAGAUUCUUCUCAUCCCCUUGCCAAGUUGGGACAUAAGAUUGGCGGACCAGCUGAAAUGCCCUUUCCUGAAGAGGACAGUUUAAUCAUAAGCGAUUCUAUGAACUUUCAGAAUCUCAUUUCUAUGGGGAAUUCUGCUAAACCUCAACCACUGUUCUCGCACAACACACAAGACAAUAAUGCAAUGCUUAGCCCUGCAUUCAAAGAUGAAAGACAAAGUAUAGGAGGUGUGGAUGGGCUACCUUUUUCAGCCAACCCUUAUGAUAGGAGGGAGACUGAAAUGCCACAUCGGAAAGCUCCUGUUCAUUCUGCCUUUUCUCAGCUUCAUCCCCCACAAACGAAUAAUGUCAAGUUGUUUCAUCAAUUUGAACCUCGUCCUCCUAACAUGAAUUCUCAGGGAGAUUUAAUGUUGCCAGAAGGAAUUGUGCAUCAUGACUCGCCAUCUAAUCAUCAAUUUGUAGCAAAUAUGCUUCGUCCUCCUACCUCUGGAUUAUCUGGAUUUGAUCAUUCGAUUCAUCACCCAAUGCUGCAGCAGAUGCAAACUUCAGUCAAUCUUCCACCACAACAUCUACUACAAGGGUUAUCUAGAGGUGUAGCUCCACCUAUGUCAAACAGAAAUCUUCCUCUACAUCCUCACUCUGCCAGAGGUAGUGCAGCACCUUCACAACCCAACCAUCAGGUGACUGGCUUGCCGCAGGAACUCAAUUCAAUCCAAGGGUUUCACAUCGGUCAGCGUGUGCCUAAUAUUGGUGGUCCCAGAUUACCCUCGCCUGCUCCUGGUAACCAACCAGACGCAAUACAGAGGCUUAUCCAAAUGGGACAUAGAUCAAACUCGAAGCAAAUUCAUCCGCUUUCUGCCAGUGGUGGCCAUGGUCAGGGAAUGUACGGUCACGAGUUGAACAUGGGUUACGGGUACAGGUAAUUGUAACACUGUACUUCCAAGUAUACUUGCCCGAAUCCUCAAUUCCUUGGAUAGAGAAUGGAAACAAUUUGCACCUCUUAGUAGAGGAUUGAGUGAGAAAUGUAAGUAAAGAAUUCUUCUUAUGGCUGUUUUGUUGAUUUGUCUUUUGCUUAUUUCCCUAACGGUUUCUAACUCAUUCGAUUCAUCCCUAAAAUUGAAUACCUCUUUCAAGAA